AUGGCGCCACAGAGUUCGGAGACAUUUGGCGAGCGAAACACCGAGCAGCGGGCGGCUAGGACACGCCAAACGCAAGGAACCGCGGGUGAAAAGCACUGCCGCUCGCGGGUCCGGGCUGCAGAGCACUUCCUCAGUCCGCGCAGCCCCCGCGAGAGCUCCGCGCCCCGGCAGGACGCACCUCACGGGCCUCACCGAGCCCCUGCCUGCCGCCGUGCCCGGGCCGAAAGCGGCGGCGGCGGCGCCCGGGGGCCCGCAGGACGACAGGACGCCGAGAGCCGGGAGCGGCACCGCCGGCAGCUCCGAUCGCCACUUCCGGCUCGCGCCGCCCGCCUCCGCUCCGCACCAUCACGUGGUCCCGGCGGGGUUGCCCGGCAACGUGGCGCACACACGGCGCCGCGGCCGUUGGCCAUGGCGGCGGGGACGAGGUUGACGCGCCGGAGGCGGCAGCUGGCGCCAUCACAUGGAUUUGAAGCAAAUAACAUUCUAGAUGGAUGUUUUCUUCCAAACGAAGUAGAUCUCCGUCAAGUAAUUGUAUUGCCAAGAGCAGAGUGGGAAAGGAUGCAGGAUGGCCUCGGCAGCAUGAGCAGAGAGGUAGCACGCAUCCUCGCGGAGCGAAAAGAACGACAAGAAAUGCACUUACGCUCCAAAGCAGCUGUCAAAGACUGGACGAACACCAUUAUGGGCCAGGCACAAAGAAAACUGAAAGCCAAAAAACUACGUGAAGAAAAGCAAGAGGAAGAAAGAAAGUUACUUGAUUUGGAAGAAGCAGAAUUCCAAGCAGCAAAAUGGAAGGAGACCAUCAAUAAAGCAAAAGCUUAUCUGUACCACCAGAACGAAAGAGUGAAAGGGUUGCAUAGUGCCCUUCUACUUGCUGAGGUCCUAAAGGAAAGGGAUGCUCAAAUUGAAUUUAAGAAGUUAAAGUCAGAUGUUAACAAAAAGAAGGAAGAAGAAAUAGAACGUAAAUGUAAAGAAGCUAUUCUCAGAGAGGAAGAAAAGGUACAUCAACGUUAUAUGAAUCGACUGGCACUAUGCAGAGAUCAGCUGGAACAAAUAAAGGAGCACAAGCAUCAAGCAGAUCUUGCCAAGCUAGAAGACAAAAGAGAAGGAGAAGAAAUACAGAGACUGAGCCAAUUGUACCAAUUAGAACUUCUGAGAAAGAUGGAAAAGGAACGGGAGGAAAAAGUUGAACGCCAGAGGUUGUAUCAUGAACAUGUAGCUAACCAGAAAAUUAUCAAAGCAGUGGAGGAACAAAAGCAAAUGGAAGAAGACGAUCGGAUUAGAGCUCAUUUCAAAGCAAAGCAAACUAUUGCCAAGCUGAUGAAAAAGAAAGAAGCUGAAAUGCGUAGAAUAACACAGGAACACCGGGAUAAAAUUGUUGGGCAAUUAGCUGCCCAAAUGAGUGAAGUAAUGAAGAUGGAAGAUGAGCGUAUUGCUAGAGACAUUGCAAAAAAAGAAGCUGCACAAGAAAAAGAACAGAAAGAGAAGGAAGCAAAAAAAAAGGCUGCCAUUGAGUCUAUUGCUGAACACAGAGCCACUGUGGUCAAGAUGAAAUUGGAAAAGGAGAGAGAGGAAAAAGCAGAAAGUAAAAAAGAACUUCAAGCAUUAGUGGAAAAGAAUCAGAUCUAUCUGGAAACAGAAAAAGCCAAGAAACAAAGACAACGUGAUGCAAACAUAGAAGUACAGAAAAUUCAGAUCCAGCAAAUGGCAGAAAAGAAGGCAAAAGAACAGCAGGAGAAGCAAGCAGACUUGGACUACAAUGCUCACAAUGAGCUUAUUGCGCUCCAUAAAGAACAUGAAUUUCAGAAGUAUGCAAAGCAAGUAAUUGAAUCAGAGUCCAUGACGACACAUCAUCUCUAUCCUCUCCUGAAAGCCUCCAAAGAAAUAAGAGGCCUUGGAGGUGGCCCAUUUUCCAGAGGAAGUGAAGGAACAAAUCCUGGUUUUCAAGCACAGGAUGUUGCUGAGACCCAAUUACCUUGUUGUAGCAGUGCUACUGCUGAAGAACUUAAGUGGUUAAAAACCAAACAAACAAACAAAACCCCAAUUUCUUGAACCUUGAAUCUUCAGUCAAAACUAUAAAUGGAUCGACAUUAAAUAUAUGUUAUGAAUCUGAAAGUCCGUUUGAAAAAAUAAAUUCCAUAGAAUUGA